AUGGAGCCCCCCAGCUGCAUUCAGCAUGAGCCGUUCCCGCACCCUCUGGAGCCCGAGCCGGGCGCCCCUGCGCAACCGGGCGCCGGGAAGCCGGGCGACAAACGGUUUCGGCUGUGGUACGUUGGGGGGUCGUGCCUGGACCGCAGGACCACGCUGCCCAUGCUGCCCUGGCUCAUGGCUGAGAUCCGCCGGCGCAGCCAGAAGCCCGAGGCGGGCGGCUGCGGGGCGCCGGCCACCCGCGAGGUGCUCUUGGUGCUCAGCGCGCCCUUCCUGCGCUGUGUCCCCGCUCCCGGCGUCGGGGCCGCGGGGGGCCUCGGGGCCGCGGCGGCGCAGCCCAACCCGGCGGUGUUCAUCUUCGAGCACAAGGCACAGCACAUCUCGCGCUUCAUUCACAACAGCCACGAUCUCACCUACUUUGCCUACCUGAUCAAGGCGCAGCCCGACGACCCCGAGUCGCAGGUGGCCUGCCACGUUUUCCGCGCCACAGACCCCAAUCAGGUUCCGGAUGUGAUCAGCAGCAUAAGGCAGUUAUCCAAAGCUGCCAUGAAAGAGGAUGCCAAAGCCAGCAAAGACAGCGAGGAUGCCUUUUACAACUCUCAGAAGUUCGAAGUCUUGUACUGCGGGAAGGUGACGGUGACCCACAAGAAGGCCCCGUCGAGCCUCAUCGAUGACUGCAUUGAGAAGUUCAGCCUGCACGAGCAGCAGCGCCUGAGGAUCCAGGGCGAGCAGCGCGGCGCGGAUGCGGGCGACGACCCGGUGGACUUCGAGGCCGCGGCGCCCGGCCCAGCCGCCGACAUCCUGUCCGAGGAAGGGGACGGCGUCCCCAACACCCAGCCUGCCUUACCGGCCGCGGCCAGCCAGCUGGGGCUGCCCAGCUCUCGAGCUGGCUUCCCGGAGCGGAUUCUGGAAGAUUCUGGCUUUGACGAACAGCAGGAGUUCCGGUCUCGGUGCAGCAGCGUCACCGGAGUCUUGCAAAGGAAAGUUCACGAGAACAGCCAAAAACCACCGCCGCGAAGGAGGCACGCCAGUGCGCCAAGUCACGUACAGCCGUCGGAUUCGGAGAAGAACAGGACGAUGCUGUUCCAGGUUGGGCGGUUUGAGAUUAACCUUAUCAGUCCAGACACCAAAUCAGUUGUGCUUGAAAAGAAUUUUAAAGAUAUCUCUUCUUGUUCUCAGGGUAUCAAGCAUGUAGAUCAUUUUGGCUUCAUCUGUCGGGAGUCAGCAGAGCCCGGGAUGAGCCAGUAUAUCUGCUAUGUGUUCCAAUGUGCCAACGAAUCUCUGGUCGAUGAGGUAAUGCUGACUCUGAAACAGGCCUUCAGCACCGCAGCUGCCCUGCAGAGUGCCAAGACCCAGAUUAAGCUGUGUGAGGCCUGCCCUAUGCACUCUUUGCAUAAGCUCUGUGAAAGGAUUGAAGGUCUCUACCCGCCGAGAGCCAAGCUGGUAAUACAGAGGCAUCUCUCAUCACUGACAGAUAAUGAGCAAGCGGACAUCUUUGAGCGAGUUCAGAAAAUGAAGCCAAUCAGUGACCAGGAGGAGAAUGAACUUGUGAUUUUACAUUUGAGGCAGCUGUGUGAAGCCAAGCAGAAGACACACAUUCACAUUGGAGAAGGCCCAUCGACUAUUUCAAAUAGUACAAUCCCAGAAAAUGCAACAAGCAGUGGAAGGUUCAAACUUGACAUUCUGAAAAAUAAAGCUAAGAGAUCUUUAACUAGCUCCCUGGAAAAUAUCUUCUCAAGGGGAGCUAACAGAAUGAGAGGUCGGCUUGGAAGUAUGGACAGCUUUGAACGAUCCAACAGUCUUGCUUCAGAGAAGGACUAUUCACCAGGAGACUCUCCGCCGGGGACACCACCAGCCUCCCCACUGUCCUCAGCUUGGCAAACGUUCCCUGAAGAGGAUUCUGACUCCCCACAGUUUCGAAGACGGGCGCACACGUUCAGCCACCCACCUUCAAGCACAAAGAGAAAGCUGAAUUUGCAGGAUGGGAGAGCUCAUGGUGUUCGCUCCCCUCUUCUGAGGCAGAGCUCCAGCGAACAGUGCAGCAUUCUUCCAUCAGUGUGGCGCAUGCACAAGGAGAGUAACUCUUCCUCCAGCCUUCCAAGUCUACCUACUUCCUUCUCUGCCCCUUCCUUCACUGCCCCCCCUUUCCUGAAAAGCUUUUACCAGAAUUCAGGUAGACUGUCCCCACAGUAUGAAAAUGAAAUCAGACAGGAUACUGCUUCAGAAUCAAGCGAUGGAGAAGGGAGAAAAAGGACCUCGUCUACUUGCAGUAAUGAAUCCCUAAACGCUGGAGGAACCCCUGUCACCCCUCGUCGAAUCUCCUGGCGGCAGCGCAUUUUCCUCAGGGUUGCUUCUCCCAUGAACAAAUCUCCCUCAGCGAUGCAGCAGGAUGGACUGGACAGGAACGAACUGCUACCACUAUCCCCUCUUGCUCCAACCAUGGAGGAGGAACCACUGGUUAUAUUCUCACCUGACGAAGAUGACCCAGAGAAGGCUGAAGAAAGAAGGAAAUCAGAAGAACUGAGGAGUUUGUGGAGAAAAGCCAUACACCAACAAAUCUUGUUGCUUCGAAUGGAGAAAGAAAACCAGAAACUUGAAGAAGCAAGCAGAGAUGAACUCCAGUCCAGAAAAGUUAAACUGGACUAUGAAGAAGUUGGUGUAUGUCAGAAGGAGGUCUUAAUAACCUGGGAUAAGAAGUUGUUGAACUGCAGAGCAAAAAUCAGAUGUGAUAUGGAAGAUAUUCAUAUUUCUCUUAAAGAAGGUGUUCCCAAAAGUCGACGAGGAGAAAUUUGGCAGUUCCUAGCUUUACAAUAUCGUCUAAGGCAUAGGUUGCCCAAUAAGCAACAACCUCCUGACAUAUCCUAUAAAGAACUUUUAAAGCAGCUCACUGCUCAACAGCAUGCUAUUCUUGUGGAUUUGGGAAGGACAUUUCCUACUCAUCCUUAUUUUUCAGCACAGCUUGGGGCAGGGCAGCUCUCACUCUUUAACCUCUUGAAAGCCUACUCACUGCUGGACAAAGAAGUGGGUUACUGUCAGGGGAUCAGCUUUGUGGCUGGAGUCCUGCUUCUGCACAUGAGUGAAGAGCAAGCCUUUGAAAUGCUGAAAUUCCUCAUGUAUGACCAGGGCUUCCGCAAGCAGUACAGACCUGACAUGAUGUCGCUGCAGAUUCAAAUGUACCAGCUGUCCAGGCUCCUUCAUGACUAUCACAGAGAUCUCUACAAUCAUCUUGAAGAAAAUGAAAUCAGCCCCAGUCUUUAUGCUGCCCCCUGGUUCCUCACAUUGUUUGCCUCUCAGUUUCCACUAGGAUUUGUAGCCAGAGUUUUUGAUAUUAUUUUUCUUCAGGGAACUGAAGUUAUAUUUAAGGUUGCACUCAGUCUGCUGAGCAGCCAGGAGACACUUAUAAUGGAAUGUGAAAACUUUGAAAGUAUUGUUGAAUUUCUUAAAACCACACUACCUGAUAUGAAUACAUCUGAAAUGGAAAAAAUCAUUACCCAGGUUUUUGAGAUGGAUAUUUCUAAACAGUUACAUGCCUAUGAGGUGGAAUAUCACGUUCUGCAGGAUGAGCUUCAGGAAUCAUCAUAUGCCUGUGAGGAUAGUGAACCUAUGGAGAAGCUGGAGAGGGCCAAUAGCCAACUGAAAAGACAAAACAUGGACCUCCUAGAAAAGUUACAGAUAGCUCAUGCUAAAAUCCAGACCUUGGAAUCCAAUCUGGAAAACCUUCUGACCAGAGAGACCAAAAUGAAGUCUUUAAUCCGGACUCUGGAACAAGAGAAAAUGGCUUAUCAAAAGACAGUGGAUCAGAUCCGGAAGCUGCUGCCAGCCGAUGCGCUCGCCAGUUGCGAAUCAUUGCUAAGAGACCUCACUUGCAACCCUAACAACAAAGCCAAGACAGGAAACAAGCCAUAAUUGAAGAAGCACCACAUCAGCAGAACGUGCUCUUAGAAUGGUGAAGAAGGGAAGCGUCUGCAUGCUGCCGGCCCAACGCUGGACACCGGAGCUGACGGAACCACUGCAGUCUGGUGCUGAGCCCUAGUCCUCGAGGGUGGACCUCACUCUCGUUAGAGUACGCUAAUCCUAAGCCAUUGUACAUAUGUAGACUGGUUUUAUGUUGUUGACUAUGUACAUAGACAUAAAAUGGACGUAAAGAGUUCAUGCCUUCAGAUCAAAGGAGUAGAUGUAUAUUUAGAGUAAUUUUUUUAAAUCAAAACUUCAUGAAAUCCACACCAAAGGGAAGUUAAAAUGAAAUUCCCCUUGGACAUAGGUGAAAUCAUUUUGUCUUUGUAGUGAAACAAAGCU